AUGGCUGAACGCUACAUCCCCGAGCAUCGUCGUACCCAGUUCAAGGCAAAGGGCACAUUCAAGCAGGAUGAGCUCCGCCGUCGCCGCGAGGAGCAGCAGGUCGAGAUCCGCAAGCAGAAGAGAGAAGAGAAUCUCGCCAAACGAAGAGGUAUUGGCGCCGGGAUAGGAGCCAGUGAUGGCGGCAUGCUCGCAGACAGUGACGAUGAAGCUGGUCCUAUCGAAACUGAGGUAUGCCCGCUCCGUUUUUGA